CGCACCGCCAUGUGAAAGAAGGAAGAGCGGCACAGCCACAGAUUUGCAAACAAACAAACACUGGGCCAUGCUAAGAAAGGUCUCGAGAGGUCGUCGCCUGCUGUCUUCCAACCACAUCUGCGUGCUCAAGCAACCCAGUUUAGGCACACUUCGGAGGACCGCGCGAUCAACACAGUAGCACAAACGCCAAUUUGCAAGGGUGGCUUCUUUGUACAACCCCAAACAUAAAGCUGGAAGCAAUCGACGCUCUCAUCACACAAACCAUGAGACCGAAAGCACUUGAAGCUGCUGCAGUACAAGACAACGGGAGGAAGUCGCCAGCUGAACGACAGAUCCACUCCCCCCAAGACCAAGAUACCCCGGUCGCCUCCACAGCCCCAGCAUCGAUCACGAACAGCAGCACGACCGGCACAGACGGCACCAUCGAAGCCACCCCAACCGCCGCAACCAUCGUCUCAGAAGUUGUUCAGAGCGUCAAAAUCGUAGUCGACGGCGCGAUAGCGUGGGCCGAACAAAAGAUUGAUAAGCUGAGUGCUGAGCAAGACACUACGGGUCCGUAUGCUUCGCCAGCCACUUGCAUGCCAUCUGAUCUCGAUGCGAUCGCGAGCGGCAUUUUGCCUGCCAUGCCAGCUGCGAGGCAGUAUGAUAGGGCCGUUGAUGAUGGAAUGAAGGAAGGAAAGGGCACUGAGAAGAGUACUAAGACUGGGAAGGAAGAGGAAGCAAGGAAGUGAGGCCAGUAGGAUGAAGGGAGAGAGCGCAAGAUAUCAGCUUUUGGAGAUGAUUUGAAUGGUGACGAAGAAGGAGAUGAGGUCUAAAUAACGGAUUGGCAUAUGAUACCCAAGUAUCACUUCGAAUCGUGAGAGCGGCUACGGCGAAGUCGUAAUAGUAAAUGAAAAUCAUGAACAGCAUUCAACCAUGGAGCAAUCUUCGAAGGAAACGAGAAAGAUCGCAAUCUUCAGAUGCAAUUAGCGAUAUGAUGCACAAGAGUUAAACUAUAC